UGCAGCUCCGCAGGAGGCUCUCUCCGCCUUGAAUCUGGGGGGUGGGCUGCGGCAGUAAUGCCCAGCUCCUAACCGAGCAGGAGGGGAGGGAGCUCUGCUCCAGUAGCAUCCAGAUUCCAGGGCAUUGCGUGGUAUUUUGGAAGAGCCAAUUAUUCCGUCUCCUCGUGGUUGCAUAGGCUGAUUACACAUCGGGCCCUGGUUAGGAUGCUCAGUGGACUGGGAGAAUAGAAAAAAACAAGAGAAACACAGAAAUGAAGGAAGAAAAAAGGAGGAAAAAAUCAAAACGUCAUGUGGCAGAAAAGGAACAACCAGUCCAUGACACUGAACCAAAGAAAAAGAAAAAAACCCUGGAGAGAACAAAAAAGGUGGAGGAGGAGGCAGCGGAGGAACUUACUGCAGAGGAAAGGAGGACAUUGGAAAGAAAACUAAAGAAAGAGCGUAAGAAGGAAGAAAAAAAACUGAUGCGGGAAGCUGGAAUUGCUGCUAAGAAAGAAGAGCCCAAAAAAACAUCAGGAGCUGAGUUGGCACUGGAGUAUUUAACUAGACAAUUCCAGUGCCCUCAUCCACUUUGCAGAAUCUGUACUUCCACAAGCGUCUCCUGUCAUUCUCACCCUUCCCUAAGAAGGAGCUGCUCCAGAAGCUGGUCCAAAAAAACAAAAGAAUGGAAGUUUCAAAAGACCAGGCAGACUUGGCUUCUUUUGCACAUGUAUGAGAAAGAGAAGGUUCCAGAUGAAUAUUUCUCUAUUUUAUUGGACUAUCUGGAGGGGCUUAAAGGCAGUGCACGAGAUGUAACCAUGCAGAAAGCUGAAGCUCUUAUGAAAGAGUAUGACAAUUCAGAUACAGAAGAUCCAGGCCUGUUGGAGAAGUGUGAGCGCAUACGAAAAGUUUUACAACUAUUAUCAUGAAAGUGUGUAAACCUUGUCAUUAGAUUUCUAGAUUCUAGAUUCUACCAUUGUAUGGAGAGCAGGUGAAAUGCAACAAAUAACUUCUAAAAAAUAUGUAAAUACAUAUUUUUUUCAUUAAGAAUUGUAAUUAUGAUAAGAUUUCAUGUUUCAAUUGCUCAUUGUACAAUAUUUUAAAAUCAAUCAUUAAACAGUUUAUAAGGAGAUUGUAAUCAAAACGAACCAUAGUGUUUGCCCAUUAUUAAACAUUCUAUUUUGGCCCCAUCAAGUAAUUUUUGCAUGUAUUGGAAAUGAGUGGAAACAUCCAUCUCACUUCUAGUUCUUCAUCCAUCUCACUUUUAGCUAUUAACUGAAGAGAGGAGCUUUGUGUCUCUUAAUAAAAGCAAAACAAUCCAACCAACAGAAAGCCUGGAGGUUCUUUCACAAAGGGUAGUCUUAUAAGUGAAUGUAAAGCACAGUGCUUUGUCAGCCAGCUGUAAUCUAUCACUUUCAGCUUUGCAGCAUGUCAUUUGGAUUUGGGAAAGAUCAUUUUCAGUCUGUCGAACAUGGGUUUAUAACACAUUUACUUAUUAGCAAUUUAAGCAAAGAUCUGGAGAUUGUCAGCUUUGUUAGUUUUCCUCUUGAUAUUUAAAGUUUUUUGGAUGCUUUAUGACAAUAGCUAGGUAUUCGGAAAAUGUAGAGACGUGAAUAGUCCAAAUCAGAUGUCCAUUGUGAAAUCACCCAAUCAUACCUUUAGGAAAUGCUGUGUUAUAACAUUUUGUGUUCAGCCUGACAAAAUACAUCUUCAUCUUUCUCUUGUAAUUGUUUUCCAAUUGAGUUAAACUGUAUUCAGUUGCUUCAACUAGGGAACAUUUGUAUCCUAGGAGAAUGCUGAAGACCAGAUUUUUAUGCAAAAAACAAGAGCAUUAAUUACUCCAAAGUUUGAGAUCUUACUUUAAUAAUAAUACUAAUUGAGUACUUGUUCCUAACCAGCACUCAUGACCUGAUUCUCAAAAGGUUUUGUAAUUACAGCAUUUGGCUGGAUUUUGACAACCUACACAUACAUGAAUUGCUGUAGCUUUUGAAAUAUACAGCCAGUUAUAAAAGCAGCUUAUACAUAGUGACCUCUUUAAGACAAUUAUAUUGGGAGCCAAAAAUUUUGAGUGAUCUAACGUGCUGUUCUAAUAUGGUGACUAUUAUGGAAUUUAACAUAAUGGGUGAGCCAAGGUAUAAGAAAGAGAGAACAAAACAACAGAGUGCCUGUUAAUCCCCAGAGCAGAAACAGUGAGGACACACAUGUUGCUCAUGGACAUUUUCUUUCUUACCAGUUGUGCUACCUGGCUCCCUUCUCAUUCUCUCUAAUUUUUCCCCUUCUUGCCAUAUCUUCAUCUCUAUUGUUUUCUUUCAUUUCCUCCUUUUUUGCAUUUGCCUCACUCACUUCUCAUUUGUAUCCUUUUUCCGUUUUUUUUUUUUUUUUUUACUACAAGCAUAGGCGGCAGCAGAUUAAAAUUAAAAUCAAACCAAACCUGAAGAGCUCCAUGCUUUCCCCCAAGAUGAAGUUCAGUUGGAAGAUAAAAUGAGAAGCUCAAAAAGACAUCCUCAUCUCAUAAACACUGGUUUUGCUUCUUCAGAUGUGCGCUCUGAUGUCCUCUGUUCUCAUUAUAGUUUACCAUCCAAGAUUAUGUGAAGGCGGUAAUAUCACACCUCUUAUAUUUAGAGUAGCGUUCAGAAUAUGAAAUAAUCUGUGUUUUCUGUGCUAAUGUGAAAGGAAGCAGUUCCAUUUGCAUGAGUAGACUGUUGGCAAACUACCUUGAAUGUAUCUGAAUUUAGAACAUAGAUUCUCCCUUUUUCCACUUAAUUCACGUGACCCUAACAUAGUCAUAAGAUUUCCUCCUGCCCCCAUAAGGAUGGGAGGUCCCUCGUUUCCACUUGUUUCUUAAGAGGCCUUUCACCUUUGAAUUGAUGUAAUUUGAAGGAAUCUUGAACAGGGCUUGUCUGUAGAUGAGUGGCUGCAUGGCAAAUUAGGUAGAUGAAAGCAUAGAGGCCACAUGGCAUGAAAGAAAGGCAUGGAGACAGGUACACAAAGUCCUGCUAUACCAUAUCCCAAGUCACCAAUCAGUGUUUAGAUGGCCUGUCUCAUCUACUUUCUUCGGGAGGGUAAAGAUGGGUGGAAGCCAUUUAAUUAUACUAAUAGUCCUACAUGUAUUUUAGAGCACAGUUGUCAAUCAACUUGUUGUUCUAUUUAAUCUAAUUCUAUCACUGACGUAUCUCAGAGAAUGCCAUUGUACCCAUGUGCUGCCAGCUGGCCUGAGCUGAUGUAUGAGCACUGUUGGCUGUCUGGAAGACGAGGAGGUCCAGAGCCAACUGAAUUGAGUCAUUCACAAUAAAUAACUGAGAUGAAAAGCAACUGGAUGAGAUGGGGUUCAGAACAGCAAGUGGUGACACAAGGAACUAACGAUCCUAUAUAAUAAGGGCUGGGUCAAUAACAGUAGGGUUCGUUCAGGGCAGAAAAUAUGCCCCUUUUAUGAUGGAGUUGACUGAAUUCUGAAGACUUGCCCAUUCAUGCAUCCAACACCAAGGUACCAUAUAGUUCAGCAGAGAAGUGUGAGAAAGAACCAGAGAUGAGGGGUCUUCUGUAUCAGGCAUGUCUUUUGUUGUUUUUGUUGUUGUUGUUGUUGUUAGAUUAAUCAGUGUGGCUAGUUCUGAAGGGAGAGUGGGAGAAAGUGUUUUCUGGGUUUCUCUCAAAGCCAAUGAUGAUGGUUUUUUCUAGAGAAGUGAUAUAGCCUCAUAUAAGAGCAGAAAUACCCAUCUCCACCAGAUCCCAUUCCUUCCCUUUCCCCUCUUUUACACUGGCAUCUUCUAAGCCACUCCCCAAUACUAGCAAUUAUUAGGUAGAAGGAACAUAAAACUUCAUGUAUUGUAUUGCUACUGUAUAUUUGUUAGCUUAAAGUUACCAGGCCUCUUAAUUCCUCAGUGUUCUAAGUUCCAUUUUCUGUCCAACACUAAUUUAAACAGGAAAGGGCAAAUUGUUGUCUUAGAUUCUCUUAAUAAUACUUUGCACUUCUACAGACCCUUUCACUAGAAAAUCUCACACUGAUUUAUGAACGUCUUUCAGAACGCUUGUAGGAAAGUAGGUCUAUGUUGUUAGUCCCAUUUUACAGAUGAGAAGUCUCAGGCACAGAAGCACAGGAAGUUAGGAGCCUUAAUACCUUUGAGGAUCUGAGCCAGAAAGCUUGACCCAAGAUCCCAAGGAAAGUUAGUUGUUGUUCUGGCAAUAGAACCCAGGGCUUCUGACUUGCUACCCCAGUGCACUAGCCACUAAGCCAUACUCCAGCUUCUUACACAGUUGACUAUUUUAAAUGGUUGUUUAUUUAAUACAGAUAACAAGGCCUCCUCUUCGAUAUUUUAAUUUCUAAAGUCUAUACUGGGGUAGGCAAUCUAUGGCACAUGUGCCGAAGGCGGCACAGAAGCUGAUUUUCAGUGACACUCACACUGCUCAGGUCCUGGCCACCGGUCUGGGAGGCUCUGCAUUUUAAUUUUAAAUGAAGCUGCUUAAACAUUUUGAAACCUUAUUUACUUUACAUACAACAAUAGUUUAGAUAUAUAUGAUAGACUUAUAGAAAGAGACCUUCUAAAAACGUUAAAAUGUAUGACUGGCACGCGAAACCUUAAAUUAGAGUGAAUAAAUGAAGAUUCGGCACACCACUUCUGAAAGGUUGCCGACCCCUGGUCUAUACUUUCAUUAAAAUCUUGUAAGCAGUCUAGCCUAUGCAAGGAAUUCAGGUUUGUCACUUGUUCAGCUUUUUUGUCUGUAUGAUCAUUUUUAAAUGUUCAGUAUUUUAUAGCAUUUGUAGCUUAGAUACUCAGCAAAUGUGUUAAUGUGAAUUGACAAAAUCACGUGUCUGCCUCUCUGUUAAUCAGCCAAUUGUAUUGUUAAUAAAAAUCAAAUCCAAGACUAGAAGUAAUAGUUUGUACUGACUGACAAAUUACAUUUUCUUCUGCUUA